UUCACAUUGAUUCAAGUCAGGAGAUGAGCGACGACGAAGGGUCGACGAGCUCGGCUACAUCAUCGUCCUCGUCUUCGGCCUCAGAGUCGUCGUCUGGGCCGCCGUCGCCAAUGCCCGAGCUGAUGGUGACCAACCGCGCGCACCGAGCGAAUCGCGGCAACCGCAUGCAGAAGGUCAUGACGGAGGAGCUCGAGGAGGGCGACAUUUACAAGGAGCUCUACGGCGGCUUUGACGAGGUGGCCGACGACGAGCAGUACGAGACGGAGGAGUCGGACGACGACCAGGUCGACUCGGACUUUGACGAGGCUGACGACGAGCCCAAGGAUGGCGAUCCAGACGCAGAGGCAGCCGCUGCAGAUCGCGCUGCAGCAGACGAGGACGACGAGUUGCCGCGCAAGAAGCAGCGGUUGCUACCUGGCGACGAAAAGCCGAAAAAGAAAGCCACCGCUGCUCCCAAGAAAGCACCGGCGCGGAGAUCGGCAAACGACCAGCGCGCACGAUUCGUCCAGCUUGGGGCUGGAGCUGCAGCCGUUGGACCGUCAUCUUCCUCGGUCGGAGCAUCUCAUGGAGACACUCCAUCACCGUCCGUCGAUGGCGAGGCCGAAGAAGGAGGACGCCGCAAGUCCAGGCGCAGUGUCGCCGUUGUCCAAGCACAAGAAGUCAAUCGUCGAUUGCAAGAGCGCGAAGAGAUGCGAGUCAGCCGGUCGCUCUCACAAAAGCCAAAGGCGCCAGUCGUCGUCAUGACGCAAGAAGAGCUGCUGGCAGAGGCGAAAAUCACAGAGCAAGCCAACUUGGCGGAUGUAGCCGCCUUCUUGAAGUUGGAAGAGGAGCGGAAAAAGCAAAAGCACGCGCCAGUCGUGUUGACUGGCCAGCGCUACAUUUAUCACUCUCGUGCCAUCCUAGAUCCAGAGACGCAGCAACCACGGACCCAAAACUUUGUGACUUUUGUUGACGUACCUGAUGUUGCUCAUGCUUUUGGGUAGAACCUUUAACACAAAGCCGCCAAGCAAUAAAAGUAUCAAAACCUG